UGCGCAUGCGCAAAUCAUACCAAGCGUAAAGCACCGGCGCAGCAGGAACAGCAGUGUGCUCACAUCUCGGAGUAAGAGAGAGUGUUAGAGAGGAAGAGGGCUUUAAGUGGAGCAGCCGUCACCGCCUUUUCCAUCUAUCCAGCAGUGACAGCAGUAGGGUCCUCAACCGACCAACACCGAACUAAAGAGGGAACAACACGAACAAGUGUCUGCUCGGACCAGGCUCUCCUCCGGUGACCAGAGUCGCUCUCCUUCUCUCUCCACCUCUCCUUUCUCUAUUUCAACAAAAUGUCCGUGAGCGCUGACUUUGGGAACCCUUUAAGAAAAUUUAAACUGGUCUUCCUAGGAGAGCAAAGCGUUGGUAAAACAUCCCUGAUCACUCGGUUCAUGUAUGACAGCUUUGACAACACGUAUCAGGCCACAAUUGGAAUUGACUUUCUGUCGAAAACCAUGUACUUGGAGGACCGGACGCUCCCUCAACUCCCUAUCUCCAAACCCCAGGUCAGGUUGCAGCUGUGGGACACGGCCGGACAAGAGCGCUUCCGGAGCCUCAUUCCCAGUUACAUACGGGACUCCACUGUGGCUGUAGUCGUCUAUGAUGUCACUAAUGUUAACUCAUUCCAGCAGACCUCAAAAUGGAUUGAGGAUGUCAGGUCUGAGCGGGGAAGUGAUGUCAUCAUUAUGCUUGUUGGCAAUAAAACCGAUUUGGCCGAUAAGAGGCAAAUCACUAUCGAAGAAGGUGAGCAGAGGGCUAAAGAACUAAACGUCAUGUUCAUAGAGACGAGCGCCAAGACGGGACACAAUGUCAAACAGCUUUUCCGACGUGUGGCUGCUGCUCUUCCAGGGAUGGAAAAUGUACAGGAAACCAGCAAAGAAGGAAUGAUUGACAUCAAGCUGGACAAACUGCAGGACACCCACUCGACUGAGGGAGGAUGUCCCUGUUAAUGAUGAGCAUCUGUCAUGGGAAAACUAAAAAAAGAAAAUUUUACAUUAGUCAUUUCCAUCUCACGCUUCUUACAUUGCUGUCUAUCGGUUCAUGUGACGGUGAAUUUGUACAUAGAGAAUGUAGCCUACUGACAGGUAAUGAUUUCAGAUCUGACUUUUUCUGAAAAAUACUGCCAAAAUGUUUAGCGUAGUUUCUCACCUAAUGUUCACAUGUGUCAAUUUGACCCCUCCCACCCCACGCCGUAACUCCUCAGAGCCCACGGUGAGAUCCACGACUAUUAUUAUACGAGAUGAACAAUUGUACAAUAACCUGUUGUGUCUAAUACGUAUCUAUCUAUGAGCGUAGGUAUCAAUGUCAACAACUGAACAACACACACGUGUGUUUGGGUGUUUGAACUGGACCACAUUCUGAGGGGUUUUUGUUAAUGAACGGUUCCAGCAGUCACCGUACAGUUGUGUUCCCGCUCAGUGAUAACAAACAAAGCGUGGUGUGUUUUUUUUUUUGUUUUUUUGCUUUGUGUUCUGCAUCUUAACCGACUCCUUUAUUGGACACUGAGCGUUUUAUAGUGUGUCACACAGUGUCGAUUUGUCAUCAAGUGCUCCGAUCAUAUUGUUGCCUUUUGGAAUUGGAUGAUGUAUAAGCUCAAUGGACGCCUGGUUUAGGCAGAGGUGAGGUCAGGGGUUUUGCUUGUGUCGUCAAGGUAUUGUCAAUAUUUAUGAAAAAAAAAAGAAAAGAAAAAAAUGUCUUGGUUUGAUAUUGAAGUGUGGACUGAACUCGGGAGUUCAUUUGGAAAUAUCUCACUGAUGUUUGUGUCACACAUCCAUUUUCGGGCUCUAGACGAUUGUAACGUUUUUUUCAGGGUUCGCCGAAAAGUGAAGUCGCAGUGUUUGUUUCUGAGAAAUUGGGGCGGAGUGAACCGAUUUCGUUGUUUUCGUCUCAAGACUGAUUUGCACAUGUAGUUUGUACAGUACAGUAGGCUUCAGGUUCAUAUAAAGCUGUGAGAAGCUGUCCUCGUAUCUGCACAGUCACUAAUAUAAAUAUAACACUUGUCUGUUUGUCAUAGAAACUGUUCCCUUUUUAGAUGAAGGUUCAUUUGCUGCAGGUGAUAACUGACUACUGAAAAUGGCGUUAUGCAAUGUGUUUUUUUUUUUAAAUGAUUAUUUUUUUGGUUUUAUUACCAGCACUUUGUGGAAACGUUGAAUGAAACAUCACAGGUGAUUUUAAAUGUAACAAGUUUGAAAUGAGUAAAUAUAACAGUAAUAGUAAUAAUGAAGAGAAAUUGAAAUGGUAUUGAAACUAUUGUUGUUACUGGCUAAACAACAACAACAACAAAAAACUCCAGGGUUUUUGUAGAUAAAACAAUUGAUGGAAUUGAUUGUAAGACUGUGUUUGUUCUUAAAGUUGAGAAUAAUGGACCAAGUGAUGCAACACACAAUCGUUUGUGUGCGCUCAGUUCAGGGAAGAGGAGCUGGUGGAGGUUCUGCGUCGUAGAAUGGAGGCCGCGGCCGUUCCAUUAGGGUGUAGGUUCUGUCUCGGCUCUGUGCAGCAGACCCUUUGUUUACACUUUACUGAGAGAUACAGCAUGUUUCUACAAAUAGUUAAUAAAGAUGUCUGAAAACCAAAA